GGCACCAUGCCAGCCCGGUAGCACCACCAAAACAACCCAUCGUGGUCUGCUGCACCCCAUUGCUGGGGUGCCAGUUCCAAUGAGCCAGGGGCACAACAAACUCCAGUUGGCUGUUACUGAGGCGGAGACACGGGUGAUGAUUGGCUUUCAGGAGAGAGAGGAAGUCCUGUGAUUGGCCCGAUUCCUGGAGCUCGCAGACGCAGUAAGUGAAAGGACGCUCCCUCAGAGUCCGGACUUGGCUGUGAAAGACCCUGGACAUACAUCUGGGGACAGUGGCACUCUUUCCAAAGCAAGCGGCUGGAGCCGGACCAUCGCCCCAGAGAGCUGGGGCAGGGGCCCGUGCCCGAUCUCCAGGGCUCCUGGGGCCACUGCUGACCUGGCUGGAUGCAUCGGGCAGUGGACCCUCCAGGGGCCCGCGCUGCACGGGAAACAUUUGCCCUUGGGGGCCUUAGCUGUGCUGGGGCCUGGAGCUCCUGCCCGCCCCAUCCUCCUCCUCGUAGCGCAUGGCUGCCUGGAGGCAGGUGCUCAGCCAGUAUCGGGCAGCCUCCUCUCCCUGCUCCCCUACCCCCUUCACAUGGCAGUAGCUCUGGGCAUCCCAACAAGUCGUAUUAUGCCCCAGGGACACCUACCCCAAGACCCCUCCAUGGGAAGCUGGAAUCCCUGCACGGCUGUGUGCAGGCAUUGCUGCGAGAGCCAGCCCAGCCAGGGCUGUGGGAACAGCUCGGGCAGUUGUACGAGUCAGAGCAUGACAGCGAGGAGGCCAUACGCUGCUACCACAGUGCCCUUCGAUAUGGAGGAAGCAUUGCAGAGCUGGGGCCCCGCCUUGGACGACUGCAGCAGGCCCAGCUCUGGAACUUUCAUGCUGGCUCCUGCCAGCACCGAGCCAAGAUCUUGCCCCCCUUGGAGCAAGUGUGGAACUUGCUGCACCUUGAGCACAAGCGGAACUUCGGGGCCAAGCGGGGGGGUCCCCCAGUGAAGCGAGCUGCUGAACCCCCAGUGGUGCAGCCUGUUCCUCCUGCAGCACUCUCAGGCCCCUCAGGGGAGGAGGGACUCAGCCCUGGAGGCAAGCGCAGGAGAGGCUGCAACUCUGAGCAGGCUGGCCUUCCUCCAGGGCUGCCGCUACCACCACCACCAUUACCACCACCACCACCACCACCACCACCACCGCCACCCCUGCCUGGCCUGGCCACCAGCCCCCCAUUUCAGCUGCCUAAGCCAGGGCUGUGGAGUACCCUGCAUGGAGAUGCCUGGGGCACUGAGCGCAAGGGUUCAGCACCCCCAGAGCGCCAGGAACAGCGGCAUUCGCUGCCUCACCCAUAUCCAUACCCAGCUCCAGCCUACCCCACGCACCCCCCUGGCCACCGGCUGGUCCCGGCUGCACCCCCAGGCCCGGGUCCCCGCCCCCCAGGAGCAGAGAGCCAUGGCUGCCCGCCUGCCACCCGUCCCCCUGGAAGUGACCUUAGAGAGAGCAGAGUUCAGAGGUCGCGGAUGGACUCCAGCGUUUCACCAGCAGCAACUACCGCCUGCGUGCCUUACGCCCCUUCCCGGCCCCCCGGCCUCCCCAGCACCACCACCAGCAGCAGUAGCAGCAACACAGGUCUCCGGGGCGUGGAGCCCAGCCCAAGCAUUCCCGGCACUGACCAUUACCAAACUCCAGCGCUGGAGGUCUCCUCUCACCAGGGCCGCAUGGGGCCCUCGGCACACAGCAGUCGGAAACCGUUCCUGGCAGCCCCUGCUGCCACUCCCCAUCUACCCCUACCACCUGGACCCCCCUCACCUCCUCCACCCCCCUGUCCCCGCCUCUUACGUCCUCCACCCCCUCCUGCCUGGCUGAAAGGCCCAGCCUGCCGGGCAGGCCCAGGCCGAGAUGAUGGAGAGAUCUUAGAGGAGCUCUUCUUUGGGGCUGAAGGACCCCCUCGCCCUCCACCCCCACCCCCCCCUCAACGUGAGGGCUUCUUGGGGCCUCCAGCCUCCCGCUUUUCUGUGGGCACUCAGGAUUCGCACACCCCUCCCACUCCCCCAACCACCAGCAGCAGCAGCAGCAGCAGCAAUGGCAGCCACAGCAGCAGCCCUGCAGGACCUGUGUCUUUCCCCCCGCCUCCCUAUCUGGCCAGAAGGAUGGACCCCCUUCCCCAGCCCCCUAGCCCAUCAUUGAGCACCCAGGACCCACCCCUUGCCCCCCUAACUCUUGCCCUGCCUCCGGCCCCACCCCCCACCUGCCACCAAAAUACCUCAGGAAGCUUCAGGCACCCGGAGAGCCCUCGGCCCAGGGUCUCCUUCCCAAAGACCCCCGAGGUGGGGCCAGGGCCACCCCCGGGCCCCCUGAGUAAAGCCCCUCAGCCUGUGCCACCCAGGGUCAGGGAGCUGCCUGCCCAAGGCCCGCGGCUCUUUGAUUUCCCCCCUACCCCACUGGAGGACCAAUUUGAGGAGCCAGCAGAAUUCAAGAUCCUACCUGAUGGGCUGGCUAAUAUCAUGAAAAUGCUGGAUGAAUCCAUUCGCAAAGAGGAGGAGCAGCAACAGCAGGAGGCAGGCGUGGUCCCCCCGCCCCCCAUGAAGGAGCCCUUUACAUCUUUGCAGCCUCCAUUCCCUGACACAGUCCCAACCACCACAGCUGCCGCCACUGCCGCCACCGCCCCCGCCGCCACCACCACCACCACCACCACCGCCGCCACCACCGCCGCCGCCACCCAGGAAGAGGAGAAGAAGCCACCACCAGCCCUACCACCACCACCGCCUCUAGCCAAGUUCCCUACACCCCCUCAGCCACAGCCACCACCGCCACCCCCACCAGGCAGCCCAGCUAGCCUGCUCAAAUCCUUGGCCUCUGUGCUAGAGGGACAAAAGUACUGUUACCGGGGGACUGGAGUUGGUGUUCCCACCAGACCUGGGCCCUUGCCCACCACUCAGUAUUCCCCUAGUCCUCCAUCAGGUGCUAUUGCCCCACCACCCACCUCAGUGGCUCCUAGCGCCCAGGGCUCCCCACAGCCCUCCGCUUCCUCGUCAUCUCAGUUCUCUACCUCAGGCGGUCCCUGGGCCCGGGAGCGCAGGGCGGGUGAAGAGCCAGCCUCGGGCCACACGACUCCCACCCCACCGCCCCAACCCCUGCCGUUGCCCCCUGCCCGCUCUGAGUCCGAGGUGCUAGAAGAGAUCAGCCGGGCUUGUGAGACCCUUGUGGAGCGGGUGGGCCGGAGUGUCACAGAGCCAGCAGAGACAGUGGACACAGCAGAGCCAGUGGACAGUGGGACUGAGCGGCCACCCCCUCCCAUCCAGGCCAAGGAGGAGAGUGGCGGGGUAGUGGUGGCAGCAGGGCCAGGGAGCAAGCGGCGGCAGAAGGAGCACCAGAAGGAGCACCGGUGGCACAGGCGGGCUUGUAAGGACAGUGUAGGUCGGCGGCCUCGUGAGGGCAGGGCCAAAGCUAAGGCCAAGGCCCCCAAAGAAAAGAGCCGUCGGGUGCUGGGGAACCUGGACCUGCAGAGUGAGGAGAUCCAGGGUCGUGAAAAGGCCCGGCCUGAGCUUAGUGGGGCCUCCAAGGCCAAGCCACCCACAGCUCCUGCCCCUCCACUGGCUCCUGCAUCCUCUGCCCAGACCACACCUGCAUCAGCCCCUGUUCCUGGGAAGAAGACACGGGAGGAAGUCCCAGGGCCACCAGGCGUCAGCAGGGCUGACAUGCUGAAGCUGCGCUCCCUCAGUGAGGGGCCCCCCAAGGAGCUGAAGAUUCGGCUUAUCAAGGUAGAGAGUGGUGACAAGGAGACCUUUAUCGCUUCUGAGGUGGAGGAACGGCGGCUGCGCAUGGCAGACCUCACCAUCAGCCACUGUGCCGCCGACGUCGUGCGUGCCAGCAAGAAUGCCAAGAUAAAAGGGAAGUUUCGAGAGUCCUACCUUUCCUCUGCACAGUCUGUGAAACCGAAGAUCAACACUGAGGAGAAGCUGCCCCGGGAAAAACUCAACCCACCCACACCCAGCAUAUAUCUGGAGAGCAAACGGGAUGCCUUCUCCCCAGUGCUACUGCAGUUCUGUACAGACCCUCGAAAUCCCAUCACUGUGAUCCGGGGCUUGGCAGGCUCCCUGCGGCUGAACUUGGGCCUCUUCUCCACCAAGACGCUGGUGGAGGCGAGCGGGGAGCACACCGUGGAGGUGCGAACCCAGGUGCAGCAGCCCUCAGAUGAGAACUGGGACCUGACGGGCACUCGCCAGAUCUGGCCCUGUGAGAGUUCCCGUUCCCACACCACCAUUGCCAAGUAUGCGCAGUAUCAGGCCUCCUCCUUUCAGGAGUCCCUACAGGAGGAGAAGGAAAGUGAGGAUGAGGAGUCCGAGGAACCGGACAGCACCACAGGAACCCCUCCUAGCAGUGCCCCAGACCCCAAGAACCAUCACAUCAUCAAGUUUGGCACCAACAUCGACCUGUCUGACGCCAAGCGGUGGAAGCCACAGUUGCAGGAGCUGCUGAAGCUGCCCGCUUUCAUGCGGGUGACGUCCACAGGCAACAUGCUGAGCCACGUGGGCCACACCAUCCUGGGCAUGAACACGGUGCAGCUGUAUAUGAAAGUCCCGGGCAGCCGAACGCCAGGCCAUCAAGAGAACAACAAUUUCUGCUCUGUCAACAUAAACAUUGGCCCUGGCGACUGCGAGUGGUUUGCAGUGCACGAGCACUACUGGGAGACCAUCAGCGCCUUUUGUGACCGGCACGGCGUGGACUAUCUGACAGGCUCCUGGUGGCCAAUUCUGGAUGACCUCUAUGCCUCCAAUAUUCCUGUAUACCGCUUCGUGCAGCGCCCCGGAGACCUCGUGUGGAUCAACGCGGGCACCGUGCACUGGGUGCAGGCCACCGGCUGGUGCAACAACAUUGCCUGGAACGUGGGGCCCCUCACUGCCUAUCAGUACCAGCUGGCCCUGGAACGAUAUGAGUGGAACGAGGUGAAGAAUGUCAAGUCCAUUGUGCCCAUGAUUCACGUAUCCUGGAACGUGGCUCGCACCGUCAAAAUCAGCGACCCCGACUUGUUUAAGAUGAUCAAGUUCUGCCUCCUGCAGUCCAUGAAGCACUGCCAGGUGCAGCGGGAGAGCCUCGUGCGGGCAGGGAAGAAAAUUGCCUACCAGGGCCGGGUCAAAGACGAGCCUGCCUACUACUGCAACGAAUGCGAUGUGGAGGUGUUCAACAUCCUGUUCGUGACCAGUGAGAACGGCAGCCGCAACACGUACCUGGUGCAUUGCGAGGGCUGCGCCCGGCGCCGCAGCGCGUGCCUGCAGGGCGUGGUAGUGCUGGAGCAGUACCGUACGGAGGAGCUGGCGCAGGCCUACGACGCCUUCACGCUGGUGAGCCCGGAGGGCGGGCAGAGGGGCGGGCGGAGCGCCGGAGGGCGGGCCGGCGUGGCCCGGGCGGCGGCCGCUGAGCACCUACCUGCUUCCCCCCACCCCCGCAGGCGCCCGCCAGCACGUCGCGAUGAGGCCGGACGCCCCGCCGCCUGCCCACCCGCGCAGGGCGCCGUGGGGCCACCAGCACACGCCUGGGCUGGACCUAGGUCCCGCCGCGGGCCGGGAAGGGGGUCGGGCCCAGCCCUUCCACCCCAUUGGCAGCUCCCCUUACUUAAUUUAUUUAAAACUUUUUUUAAACAAAUAGGAAAAAAGGAAAAAAAAAAAAAAAAAAAAAAAAAAGGAGGCGGGGAGGGGGCUGGCAGCCCCUCGCCCGUCAGCGCCUCCCCUCACCGACUUUGGCCUUUCUAGCAACAGACACAAGGACCAGGCUCCGGCGGCGGCGGGGGUCACAUACGGGUUCCCUCACGCCUGCCAGCCGCCCGCCCGCGCACGUGGCUCGUGUAUGUACAUAAAACGUUACGGCAGCCGAGGUUUUUAAUGAGAUUCUUUCUAUGGGCUUUACCCCUCCCCAAGAACCUUCUUUUUUACUUCCAAUGCUAGCUGUGACCCCUGUACAUGUUUCUCUUUAUUCACUUGGUUUUGAUUUGUAUUUUCUGGGGUGUUUUGUUUUUUGGUUUUUAAUUUAUAACAGUCCCACUCACCUCUAUUUAUUCAUUUUUGGGAAAACCCGACCUCCCGCACCCCGAUGCCAUCCCGCCUGCCCCUCCUGGGACCGCCCGCUGCCGGGCCCUCCCUGUGCCCCAGAGUGUGUCCGGGCCCGGCCAGUCCGUCUCCGCCUAUCUGCCCACGGCUCCAGCCGGGUUCUCAUGGUGCUCAAACCCGCUCCCCUCCCCUACGUCCUGCACUUUCUUGGACCAGACCCCCCACUCCCGACCCGACCCCAACCCCGCCUGAGGGUGAGCGACUCCUGUACUGUAGGGGAAGAAGUGGGAACUGAAAUGGUAUUUUGUAAAAAAAAAUAAAAUAAUAAAAAAUUUUAGAAAUUUUAAAGAAAGAACUAUGAGGAAGAGGAACCCUGUCCUUCCCAGCCCCGGCCGAUUUUAAACACGGACUUUUUUUCUUUAAAGUGUGAAACAGCCCAGGCCUGUGUCCCCCCUGGGGCAGGGACACCUGGGGUGAGUUUCUGUGGGGCUUUCUUUUUUUUUUCUCUCUCCACGCUGGGGCUGCGGAGGGGUGGGGGGUUUACAGUCCCGCCCCCACGCACUGCACUGUCUCUCUGCCCCAGGGGCAGAGGGGUCUUCCCCCCAUCCCUAUUUUCGGUGAUUUUUGUGUGAGACUAUUAAUAUGAAAAAUAAAAGCAGAAAAAAUCCU